CUUCGAACUGAAACUCCGAAGCGAGAGGAAGAAGAAGAAGAGUGACGAGUUCGCGACACACGCUCUGCCUCGUUCCCGAUCACGUCGACGAUGUCCUCCUUCUCUCCACUCGACGACGGCUCGGUCCUCUCCCCGGGGUUCGAGCCCUACGCGGCUCACCAUUUCGCCGAGCCCGGCUCGGCCGCCGAGGACGACAGCGACGGCGGCCUCGCUCCCGGGGGCGGUUUCUUCCCGGAGCAGGCGCCGGCGGCCGGGGAUUUCUCGGAGGAGGCGGACGGCGAGGGGUCCGACGGACAGGAUGGCCCGGCUUUGCCGCCCCCGAUGGAGAUGCAGCCUGAGGAAGGAUUUGCUUUGAGGGAGUGGAGGAGACAAAAUGCAGUCCGAUUGGAAGAGAAGGAGAAGAUGGAGAAAGAGCUGUUGAACCAAAUAAUUGAUGAAGCGGAUGAGUAUAAAAUUGAGUUCCACAGGAAAAGGACGAUAACCUGUGAGAACAACAAGACAACCAACAGGGAAAAGGAGAAGUUGUUUUCGGCCAGCCUAGAGAAGUUCCACGCUGAGGCUGACAAGAACUAUUGGAAGGCGAUUGCAGAGCUUAUCCCUAAUGAAGUUCCCUCCGUAGAAAAUAGGAGAGGAAAGAAGGAUCAAGAGAAGAAGCCCUCUGUUGUUGUUGUCCGAGGCCCUAAGCCCGGAAAACCAACCGAACUUUUAAGGAUGCGACAGAUUCUCUUGAAGUUGAAGCACGGCGCUCCAUCCCAUCUGAAGCUUUGUCCACCAUUGCCACCCACCUCAGAUGACUCUAAAGCCAGUGGUGCCGCGGUGGCUGAUGCUCCCGAAAAGGCAGCAACUGCUUCGGUGGUGGCCCCUGAAGCUGUUGCCGCUGCUUGAAUAGGACUAUAAUUUCGUUAUUCUCGUUCUUGUUUGGUAACUUAAUAGCGAAAAUACAUCCUCUGGAAUGUCAUGACUCGUGGAGUUCCUCUUUUUGGAACACGCAUGGGGUCAAGUGUAUCCGAUCUCGCUGGACUGGCAAGGUAAAACAUUGAGGUACAACUUGUUAUUCUAAUAGGGUCUGCCUAGAUGAUGCUGUUGCUGAUGCUAUGCUAUCGUUUAUGUAAUCGACGACGAUCAAGGUGAUGGACUUGUCAUCUCUUCGCAUCACAUCUAGAUUCAUGGGGGUGUGAAUGUGAUGGAUAAUAAUCAUAUUAAGUCGAAAA